ACAAACCCUACAUGACGUUAAUUGACGGAAAGGUUUUAAAUGUUUUAACUGGAACCAACUCUUGCCAAGUAUGCCCAUUAUGUGGAGCAAAGCCAAACCAAUUACUAAAAACUACUGACUUCAACUCUGCAGUAUUUGCUGUUAAUUCCAAAAGCCUUCAAUUUGGAGUAAGCCCGUUACAUGCAUGGAUUCGGUUUCUGGAGUUUGUAUUGAAGAUUUCAUACAGAUUAGAGGUGAAAAAAUGGCGUGUUAAAGGAUCUGACAAGCAAAACGUAUGCCAACGAAAGCAGUACAUCCAAAGAAGGUUGCGAAAUGAAAUGGGGCUUAAUGUGGACAGCCCCAAACAAAAUGGAAGUGGCAAUACCAAUGACGGCAACACCGCAAGAAGAGCUUUCAAUAAUGUCGAGCUGUUUUCCAACAUUUUAAGUUUUGAUGACCAAAUUUUAAGAAACUUUUAUACAAUAUUAAUUACUAUUUCUUGCGAGUAUAAGGUAAACUCCUGGAAAUUUAAAGAUCUAUGCGAGAAAACCUUUUAUAUGUACACGGCAAAAUACAUUUGGUAUCCAAUGUCUCCAACUGUCCACAAAAUUUUGGUGCAUGGACAUCAAAUAAUGGACAAUUGUAUAGUUCCAGUUGGCGUUUUGGGAGAAAAUGCGUCUGAAGCGCGAAACAAAAUCUACAAGAACGAUCGGAAAUCCCAUGCUAGAAAGAGCAGUCGGCUAGAGAAUAUAAGUGAUGUGUUUAACAGAGCACUUGACUCAUCUGAUCCACUUAUUUCUAGCCUUAGCUUAAAAGAACGAGCGCGGCGAAAUAGGAGAAAGAAUUUGCCAUCAGAAGUUGUUGAACUCUUAGAGGAUUGUUCUCACAAUACUUCAAACCAGCACACCGGCUCAACCGAAAGCCAAGAUGAGGAAGAUGAUUCUGAUGGCACAGAUGAGGACACUUAUGAUGACAAUUGUAUUGAGUUGGAAGAAGAAGAAAGUGAUUAAAAUUUUUGUUCAGCGAAUGGGGCGGAUCCAAAAAUAUAUAUUAAAUAUAUGUAAAACAUAUUAAAAAUAUAUAUAAAAUAUAAAUAGUAUUUAAUUUACACUUGUAUAUAAGGAAAAGUCUUAAUUUGUAUACUUUAUAAAUUUGUAUGGAGGGGGAGGGGAUGUAGGCGUGGCUAAAUUUUGAAAAAAAAAAAAAUCCAAAAUUAAACAAAAUACAUAUUAGUAUGUAUACAAAAUUUCAACCUUCUAUCUCAACAGGGACAAUUUAUGCCAAAAUAUCGGGGUUUUUACCCAUAGUGCAGCGGCUGGAGCGCACAAUCCUGGCGAUCGGCAGUGCAACCUUGCCCAGCGUGGUGAAAGCUCGCGAGAGCCGACGCUGAAGGGAAGCGAGAAGAAGGAACUUUACUGUUUAUAAUGGCAUCAACAAAAAGUAAAGUAUGGAAAUACUUUUCCAAAUAUGCCAAAAACAAUUAACAUUUUGCAAAAACACAACCAACAUGCUUCAGCAUUUUAAGCUGAAGCAUAUCAACGAGUUCGCGUCUCUCAAUGCAGGUGCUACGUUAACAGAAAAGAGGAGCCGAUUAACCACUGAGUACUGUUUGCGCUCCAUCAGUGACGAGUCCAAAUUUAAUCUAUUAGGGUCUGUUGGAGCGCAAAAGAUCUGGUGGAAACCUAAGAAGGAGCUUUAGGAAAAUAACUUGCUCAAAACGGUUAAGCAUGAUGGAGGAGAGGCUCAUAUACCAUUGCAAGCAGUUCAAAGCACCGACCCAAUCACCGGAUUUGAAUCCCAUCGAUCAUGUAUGGCAUCUGUUGGAAAGGAAGAUCCGAUCUCACCGAAUAUCCACAAAGAAUUCUCUACAAGAGGCCUUCUCGCUGGAUGGGCGAAUAUCACUACUUAUGAAACGACAAUGCUAAUAAUUAGCAUGAAGAGACGUUUGCAGGCGGUUAUUCCCACACAAAGUAUUGGGGUGAUUGACUACCGAUGGAAAUGACUGAUUACGCCAUUUGUGCCAAUACUUUUUUGACGAAGAUUUGUGCCUAUAUUUAUAUUUUAGUUCUGCGCAAGUGAACCAAACUAGAACUUUUUUUUGUCAAAUAUUAUUAGAAAACAUGGUUUUAAUAAAUACCGUUUUUCAUUU